GGCUAUUGAUCUGGGUGGUCCAAGGCGAGAAUUUUUACGGCUGCUACUAGUGGCACUAAUGCAGUCAUCAAUGUUUGAGGGAAAAGAGGACAGUCUCAACUUGGCUCUUGAUUCCCAAGGUUUCUGAAGCCACAACUCUUGAAGAGCUACAACACUCAACUGUGCCCAUUAUGGACUACAUUGCCAACGCAGGUUGUCUUAGGCCAUUAAGAAGCAUUGCUGACAGGGACAGGCUGGUUGAAGACUUACUGAUGUUUCAGGUGGUGAAUCGUGUUCGUGGACCAUUUGAAAGGUUCAGGGAUGGAUUAAAAACUCUUGGAGUCCUUGCAAAAGUCCAAAAACACCCAGAAGCUUUUAGAUCCGUGUUAUGUCACCAACCAAAUCAACUGACAGCAGAUAUAAUGGAUGACCUGUUUGAAAUACAGUGGUCAGAGAAUGGGAGCAACAAACGAGCGAAUGAGAACAGAGUUAUUGCUUUCUGGAGGGACUACCUGCAGGAUAUGGAAGAGGAGGGGUCACAAAGGCUUGGAGCAGUCUUAGCAUUUGCUACAGGAUCUGAUCAGGUCCCACCAAUUGGAUUUCAUCCUCCGCCUUCUAUUGCCUUUCACCAUGACACAGAAACUCCACAAAGAUUUCCAGUAGCAAAUACAUGCAUCAACUGCCUUCGACUGCCAUUAUAUAGCACAUAUGGUGCUUUUAAAAGCAACAUGGAAUUUGCCAUUAAUAAUACCCAGGGAUUUGGCAAGGAGUAAGUGACAAAAUUGAUUGAUGUUAAAGUUAUGAAGUGUUCUUAUUGAGGCAUUUAUUUUAUUCUAAUGACAACACUUUAUUAAAUAAUGUUCAAGCAAUAUUAGA